AUGAGGGCACUUCAACGAAGCGGCAUGGGCGGAGAUGGAGCAUCUCCAGUCCAAAAGACCCCGGCGGCCAAGGCAGUCGCUGGUGCAGUUGAGGAAGUGGGCUUUGGGUUGUAUCAGCUUGUCCCGUUGUUCCUCACCGGCGGCAUCUUCUUGGCGGAGGGUGCUGAGAUGCUGGUGAUGGGCUCCAUCACUUCUUUGCUUCAUCGACACUGGGAGCUGAAUCCGGCAGUGCGCGGCGGUAUGGUUUCGAUAGUUUUUAUUGGCUUUUCUGUUGGCAACUUCAUUUCCGGCCAGAUCGGCGACAGGUUCGGCCGGCGUACAUCGAUUCUGCUCGCGUAUGCCAUGAUCGCAUUCUUUGGCUUUGCAACGGCGUGUUCGCAGGGGCCUGGCUUUAUGAUUUUUCUUCGCUUCUUCGUUGGGGUAGGUUGUGGAAUCGGCUUUCCUGCUGCUUACUCCCUCAUGCCAGAGGUUGCGCCGUCCGCUUGGAGGAGUAGUCUCAAUACCCUCAUGAUCGGCUUCAUGCCGUUGGGUGAGCUCAUUGGUGCUCUGGUGGUUCUGUUUGUUGACCCAGAGCUUGACAACUCUGCUCGUGGUUGCAGCAUGGAUUUGUACUACCCUUCGCGUGCACUGAUACAGCCGGAGCUCUGUGCAUGGAAGACGCUGUGUGAAAUGAGCGCUAUCCCAGCCUUUCUCUUUCUGAUCUUGGCGAGCAAAUUCUUGGACGAGUCGCCGCAGUUUCUCGCAAAUUGCGGUCGGUAUGAAGAGUGCGAGGAGGUCCUCCAACGCAUGGCCAAGUUGAAUGGGGCCCAACUGGAUGUCGAGAAGCUCCGUGUUGCUUUCAGUGUGCCACAUGCUGACGAAGGCAGCGAGCCGAGUCCAACAUCGCCGUCGCGGUCAUAUUCCUUUCGCCAUGUUGUGGCAGAGCUGUGCUCUGGCGAUUUUCUCCCUGUGGUGUCCUUCAUGUGCCUGGCUCACAUUGCCAAGGACUUUGGGGUGUUCGGCCUCUCAUACAUGCUUCCUCAGUAUUUCGUGUUCCUUAAGAACUUGACGGCGGGAGUGGAGCUGAUGGUCGUAGCGACCUUGGCAAUGCCGGGCGUUGCGCUGACCUACUUGUGCUCCAGAAUCCCAGGAGUCUCUUUGGUGUAUUGGAUGUCCGGCUCCGCCGCGCUAUGCUGCUUUUUUGGUGUGGGCAUGCUGACGGCAGCGCCGGAAAGUUCGGCUGCGCCCGCAGCCUACAUGGUCAAGUUGCUCGCAAUGUCAUACUUCGUUUUCACUGUUUCCUACACGACUGCGGCAUUUCCGGCACGCAUCCGCCAAACAGCAGUUGGCAUUUGCACAGCAGCCGGCCGCAUGGGAUCAAUCAGCGCACCCCUCGUCUUCGAGUUGAGCAAGGAAGUCACCGGCAGUUUCGACUUCUUCGUAGGUUGCCUCAUGUCGCUGAUGGCUGCAGUGUCAUUGCUGGCUCCAUUACUCUUGCCAAGAUGGGGCCAGGAAGAAGCACCGAUGUUGAUUGAGUCUGACGGUGCCAAGGAUUAUGCGUCUUGCAAGAGUUGCGCCUGA